GAGCCCCCCGCCGACCAGGAGGAUGCCAAGGCGGGCAAGGAAGAGGACGUUCACACGUGCUGCGGUUGCAGGUUCCCGUUGCUGGCGGCUUUGCUGCAGGCUGUCCUGGGCGUCUCCAUCACCGUCCUGCCUUCCUCAUGGCCGAGUUCAGCCCUUCGUUGCUGCUCAGGGAGACGCCCUAUUGGGCUGGAGCGCUUGUUUGUUUAGUGGCCAUCAUUGGGUUUGUGGAUGCUUUGCAUUUCUUACCAGCCGGAUGAGAAAACUUGCAUUCAGUUCUUCAUCAAGGUUGCCUAUUUCCUCCUGAGCGCGCUGAGUCUGAACGUCUGCGUGCUGGCCAUGGCUUUCGCUGCCUACUGCUACUCCCAGAUCCUCCGCUUUACCUGCGAACCCAUCUCCGAGUCGGUUUGCCACUGCAAGCUGGACACGGCGGACCCCCUGAGCAGGACCCUCACCUACCAGAGUGACUGCGGCUUCAUCGUCAACACCUUCUACCUCUUCUUGUUGAUCCAGUUCAUCCUCAACUUCCUGGCAGCCAUGGUGGGCUUCGCGGCCUGUUUCGUCAUGUGGAAGGAUCGCUAUCAAGUCUUCUACGUGGGCACCCGGAUGCAGUCCCAAGCCGCGGCGGGAGGAAGACCCCAACCCAAAGUAUAGGGAGAGGAGGAGGAGGAGGCCUCAAGGAAAAGCCACCAAAAAUAACGCCUUUGUCCAAAAGUAGCAACUCUUUCUAAUACCCCAAGGGGAGACAUGUGGGCGCAUCCGUUCACCUAACAUCCAAAGAACGACACGAUGGCGCAUUUCUAACAACAAUUGUUUGCCGAACCCUCUUGCCGGAGAACCCUCCCGAUGUGCCUCCAAAUCACGCAUCCUGCAUUUGGUGCUAGUUGCAGGAACGGUGCGAGCAUUUCCCGGAAGAGAAGGCGACGGAAACGGAGACAUCAACAAUAUCCUCUUGCACAUUCCCACUUCUCGGAAUUUGGGGUGGGUUAGUCUGCAAAAGUUCCAAUUUUAGGUGCGGAUAGAACUGAAUCAGAGUUAGGAGGUUUUAAUCCAGGAGUCUCCAUACUUGGCAACUUUAAGACCGGUGGACUUCAACUCCCAGAAUUCCCCCAUGCUGGUUAGGGAAUUCUGGGAAUUGAAGUCCACAAAUUUAAAAACUGCCAAAUUUGGAGAGCCCUGUUUUAAUCCGUGGCAUUUCCUUCUAGGGAAGAGCAGUAGCUCACAAAUGUGGCCGGCAUGACACUAAACGAAGCGUAAUAGAAUAUGGGGACCAAGGGCAAAUAGAUGCAGAAAAACACAGGUAGCCCUCGAUUUACGACCACAAAUGAGCCCAAAAAUUCAUGUUGCUGAACGAGACAUUUGUUCAGCGGGUUUUGCUCCCUUUUACGACCUUCCAUGCCGCCGUUGUUAAGCGAAUCACUGCCAUUGUUAAAUGAGUCACACGGUUGUUAAGUGAAUCUGACUUCCCCGUUGACUUGGCUCACAAAAAGGGAUAACUAACUGUUAUAAAUACGAACCAGUUGCCAAGCAUCUGAAUUCUGACCAUGUGGGAUGCUGCGACGGUCGGUCGUAAGUGUGAAAAACGGUCCUAAGGCACUUUUUUUCAGCGCCGUUGUGACUUCGAACACUCCCUCAGCAAAGUGUUGUAAGUCAAGGACUGCCUGUGACCGAGGCCUCGUGUUUCCGUAAAUCCUUUCCCCUCUAAUACAUGUUGUGUAACUACACAUGUGCGUAGAGAACCAUGUAUGAUUUUAGAUUUUGUAGGACCGCAAACCGUUCUUUUAACUGUUUGAUCACUUGGUUUCCUCGCAUGGUGUUUUUUUUUUUUAAUAACACGCGUGUGAUGCUGAGAGCCAAUUUCACGAUGAGCUACGCUUGGGAUGUCCCAGGAGACGGGCAAUCUCUUCCCUGUCCAUUAAAGCAGCCCAGGUUUUUUUCUUCGGGCUUCUGGAAAAAUAAAAUGAGACGCUUCUUUAAAGAGUUGCGUUAAAAAAAAUGGACUUUUCAAAGCAGCCG